AUGAUUCCAAGAGCUUUGUCAGUGGCAGAGCCUGAAAGAGUCAGAGGAGGCAAACCUUUAGAAACACCAGGAACUGAAGAGAAGGAAACACAGAAAAAGGACAAGAUGAGAAAGGAAAGAAGGAAAUGUGGACAAUAUCUCUAUGCCCAAGGUGAUAAAAAAGGGAAGAAAUGGCCAGCUCCAAACUCCUCCUGUCUGAACUCCUCCUUUUCAACCCUGCACAGCGCCAUCGUUUACCAGGACAAAAACGCCACGGCCCAGCGAAUAUCCUCAGCCAGGCUGCACAAAAUCAAAGAGCUGAAGAACGAAAAAAUCGACCUGCAAAGGAGAAUCGAGGCGUCGAGCUUGGAGAACCAGGCUCUGAGAGAGCUGAGCCGCCGGCACGCCAGGGCCAUCGACAGGUACAGCAGCGCGGAGAGCCACCUGCAAGAGCUGCUGGCAGGGCAUCGCCACGAGAUGACACAUCUCAGGACACUCCUCAAAAUGUCCCAGGAGGCCGAGAGAAACACAGCCCAGGAGCUCAAAAGAGUCGAAGCGGAGAUGAGGAGGACUGAAGGGGAUCUGAAGACUUUGCUGGUACUGUCAGAAGAUAAAGCUCUGGCAGAGAGGGAGGAACUUAAUCGCAGAUUGGCAGUGCUCAAUGAAACAUUGAAACAAAAGGAUGAGAGGAUACAGAGUCUGGAAAUGCAGCUGAAGCUGAACAACAGCACCUUUAGUCGUCAGCUGGCAAAUGAGAGUAAAAAACUCCUGGAAGCUACAAUGACCACAAAGGACUUGCUAAUGGAAAUUAACAUCAUUCACCAAAAAAUUAAGGAAAAGGAUCGGCAACUUUACGUACAGAAUAUUUAUGCAAAUCGGAUGCCAAAAGUCCUGAGGGACCAAAGUAUCUGGGUUCCCAAUUCAACAGGUCUGAGAGUAGACAGAUCAGCACAAGUAGAUAAAGAGAGUUUUAGAGAACUGCUGCUGUCUCAGCACCAGGAAACAGAAAAAAGUCCAAUCCAGCUAAAAAAGAAGAAAAGAGGAGAUAAGGGUAGAGAAGGCAAAGCCAAGGAAGUGUGCUCAGAUGCCCAAGGUAGAAAAGAAAAGCAAGGAAUCAAGAAAGUGCCAAUGCCAGGGACUUUUAACAGGACCCACAGAGGUAGUAGACUUUUAUUGAAGUCUUGCAAUUUAUUAGAAUUCAUUGAAGAAAUGGAAAAAGACACAGAGUUUCUUGAACAGGAGUUGAAAAGUCUGAUGAAAUCUGAACAAAAUCCUCAAAGUGACAGAGCAAAGAACAAUCAAGAGGAAGAGGCAGUAGAAGAAGUUGAAAAAGAAGAGAAAAAACCCCAUGAGCAGCAAAAGAAGGAAGCCAGGAGUGAAGGUGCAAUUCCAAGCAAAGACCCUGCUAGGCAGAAAAAUCAAUUCAUCUCCUCAGAAGCUGUUGAGAAUUUGCAUCAGGGGCUGCACACUUCAGGUGCCAAAUGCAAAGCAGGCAGCCUGAGCUGCCAGAGACAGGCAGGCCAGAGCUGCAGGGACACUGCUGAGAGCAGGGGGAAGAUUUCCUUUGGGGCUUAUGAACCUUCUUUUGGGCAAACCCCCCUGGCUGGGCAGGACAGCCCCUCUGGAGGGCAGGGCUGCAGCCACCUGCUGCCUUCUGAGAGGAAAACACCUGAUGGAGCUCUCUGGGGAGGGCUGUUUGCAAGGAGACAACCCCUGGAGCUCCAGCAGCACAAGGGGGAGGGCAGACAAGUGAGGGCUGCAUGGCAAAUCCCAAACUCCAACCCUCCUCGUUAA